CAUCACAAAUCAUUUCAUAUACAGUAUAGUCAUGUGAUCUUGCAACAAUGUAUAUAUCAUUGGGGUUCAGCUUCAAGAGCAAACAGCCUCUGGUAACAAACCGGUGAGUAACCUCAUCCUGACCUACAGACAGGUCUUAAUCUAAGCAUGUCAAACAGAGAGGACGUUGAGCAUGAGGGGCAAGAGGAUGCCUCUGAGGAACCUGGGGAAGAAGGAGAAACAAAACCAAAGCAUAAACCCUUUGUGCCAGCUUUGGUGCCUCCUAAAAUUCCUGAUGGAGAGAAAGUUGAUUUUGAUGAUAUUCACCGCAAACGCAUGGAGAAAGACCUGACGGAGCUACAGACGCUCAUCGAGGCUCACUUCGAGAGCAGAAAGAAAGAAGAAGAGGAGCUAAUCAACCUCACCCAAAGGAUUGAGAACCGCAGGGCAGAACGAGCGGAGCAGCACCGGAUCCGGACGGAGCACGAGAAAGAGCGACAAAACAAACUAGCCGAGGAAAAGGCACAAAAAGAGGAGGAAGAGGCUAAGAGGAAGGCCGAUGAUGAUGCUAAGAAGAAAAAGAUUCUCUCGAGCUUCCAGUUCACAGGAUUCAUGCAGAGGACAGACAAAAAGGGAGUGCCUAGGAAGCAAACAGAGAGGGAGAAGAAAAAAACGAUUCUUAGUGAACGCCGUAAGGAACUGAAUGUCGAAAACCUGAGUGCUGAUAAACUCAGAGAAACUGCGAAUGAACUCUGGAAGUGGAUGCACCAACUUGAAGCCGAGAGGUUUGAGCUGCAGGACAGAUACAUGUGCCAGAAAUAUGAGAUCACAGUCCUUAGGAAUCGCGUCAGUGACCAUCAGAAAAAUACCAAAGGCUCUAGGAGUAAGAGAGGACUACGAAAAUAAAGCAGCUUCACAGAGACACCAGAAACUUCUACCAUACUCAUAUCUGCAUAAAUAAUGUGCUUUAAUAUAGUUAUACAUUCUGAUCCUCAUAUUUAAUGUUUUUGGAGCUGAAUAAAAGAUGACACAGUGAAGUUGGUUUUUAAGAGACUAACAAAUAACAGUCCACAUUUGUCAUAUUAAUAUGAUAAGUUGAAUUUAUUGACUUUUCGGUGUUAAUUAUAUGAAUGUCAUAAUAUGCAAAGUGCCAUGAUGUGUAAUGCUGUCAUUUAUGAUUAUUAUCUGGUUGAUUUAAUGUUAAUGAAUCAUAAUAAGUAAAGUGAAAGUACAGAUAUAAUUAAACAUUGCAUGCAUU